GGACCGGGCCGGAGCGGUGGCGCCUGGAUGCAGACCCGGCCGCGGGGAGACGGGCUCCCGCCCCGAAGCCACUUCCAAUCCCUGACGCGCCCCGCCCGACCCUUAAGAUGAAGAGGGCGUCUGCGGGAGGGAGCCCACUGCUGGCAUGGGUGUUGUGGCUGCAGACCUGGCAGGUGGCAGCACCAUGCCCUGGUGCCUGUGUGUGCUACAAUGAGCCCAAGGUGACGACAAGCUGCCCACAGCAGGCCCUGCAGGCCGUGCCCAUUGGGAUCCCAGCCUCCAGCCAGCGCAUCUUCCUGCACGGCAACCGCAUCUCCCAUGUGCCAGCUUCCAGCUUCCAUGCAUGCCGCAAUCUCACCAUCCUAUGGCUGCAUUCCAAUGCAUUGGCCCGGAUUGAUGCAACUGCCUUCACUGGCCUGACCCUUCUAGAGCAGCUGGACCUCAGCGACAAUGCACAGCUUCGUGCUGUGGACCCUACUACAUUCCAUGGCCUGGGUCGCCUGCAUACACUGCACCUGGACCGCUGCGGCCUACAGGAAUUGGGCCCGGGCCUCUUCCGUGGUCUGGCUGCCCUGCAGUACCUCUACCUGCAAGACAAUGGGCUACAGGCACUGCCUGAUGAUGCUUUCCGUGACCUUGGAAACCUCACACACCUCUUCCUGCAUGGCAACCGCAUUCCAAGCGUGCCAGAGCGCGCCUUCAGAGGCCUGCACAGCCUUGACCGCCUCCUCCUGCACCAGAACCGUGUGGCACAUGUGCAUCCACAUGCCUUCCAAGACCUUGGCCGUCUCAUGACACUCUAUCUGUUUGCCAACAACCUCUCUAUGCUGCCUGCAGAGGUCCUGGUGCCCCUGCGGGGCCUGCAGUACCUGAGGCUCAACGACAACCCCUGGGUGUGUGACUGCCGGGCACAGCCGCUAUGGGCCUGGCUGCAGAAGUUCCGAGGUUCCUCAUCAGAGGUACCCUGUAGCCUGCCCCUGCGCCUGGCUGGCCAAGACCUCAAGCGCCUGGCUUCCAACGACCUAGAGGGUUGCACCCUGACUGUAGGACCCUUCCGUCCUAUCCAGACCAGUGGAGCCACCAAUGAGGAACUGCUGGGCCUGCCCAAGUGCUGCCAGCCCAAUGCUGCAGACAAGGCCUCAGUGCUGGAGUCUGGGAGGCCAGCCUCUGCUGGCAAUGCCCUAAAGGGCCGUGUACCACCUGGUGACAACACACCAGGCAAUGGUUCGGGCCCACGGCACAUCAAUGACUCUCCCUUUGGGACCUUGCCCAGCUCCGCAGAGCCUCCACUGACUGUGCUGAGGCCUGAGGGUUCUGAGCCGCCAGGACUGCCCACCACUGGCCCUCGCCGGAGGCCAGGCUGUUCCCGCAAGAACCGCACACGCAGCCAGUGCCGCCUGGGCCAGACGGGUAGUGGGGGCAGUGGAGCUGGAGAUGCAGAGGGCUCAGGCACUGUUUCAGCCCUGGCCUGCAGCCUCAUGCCCCUGGGCCUUUCACUGGUGCUAUGGACAGUGCUUGGGCCUUGCUGACCAGCCACCAGGUGUGUGUACAUAUGGGGUCUCCCUCCAUGCCGCCAGCCAGAACUGGGGACAGGCUCCAUGGGCCCAGGCCAGGUCCUCCCUGAGGGACUCCUCCCCACCAGCCCACCCUCAUCUCCGCCCCGUCAUGUUUACAGGGUUCCGGAGAAGGCGUUUGUUCCAGAACGCCACCUCCUACCCGGAUCGCGGUAUAUAGAGAUAUGCAUUUUAUUUUACUUGUGUAAAAAUAUCAGAUGACGUGGAAUAAAGAGCUCUUUUCUUAA